AGCGGCGGCGGCGGCGCGCAGGGCCAUGUCGGCGCCGUGCCUGCGCCUGCCCGCCGCCGGGUCAGCACCGGCGGAGGCGGACAGCGCCGGCGGCAUGGAGCCGCCCGCCGCCGCCGCCGGGGCCGCCGCGGCCGCCGCCCUGGAGCUGGCCCUGGAGGAGGAGCUGGCGCUGCUGGCCGCCGCCGGGGAGCCGCCGGAGCCGCCGCCCGCCGCCGCCGCCCGCGACCCCGAGCUGCUCUCGCUGAUCCGGCAGAAGGAGAAGGACCUGGUGCUGGCGGCGCGGCUGGGCAAGGCGCUGCUGGAGCGCAACCAGGACAUGAGCCGCCAGUACGAGAGGAUGCACAAGGAGCUGACCGACAAGCUGGAGCACCUAGAACAAGAGAAACACGAACUAAGGAGGCGAUUUGAGAACAAAGAAGGAGAAUGGGAAGGAAGGGUGUCUGAACUGGAAAGCGACGUGAAGCAGCUGCAGGACGAGCUGGAGAGGCAGCAGGUUCACCUGCGCGAAGCUGACCGUGAGAAGACGCGGGCUGUGCAGGAACUCUCCGAACAGAACCAAAGACUCCUGGACCAGCUCAGCAGGGCUUCGGAGGUGGAGCGGCAGCUCUCCCUGCAGGUCCACACCCUCCGGGAGGACUUUCGGGAGAAGAACUCCUCCAGCAGCCAACACAUCGUGCGGCUGGAGAGCCUCCAGGCUGAGCAGGUCCUUGAAAUCAAAAUGCUGACCGACAGAAAGCGGGAGUUGGAGCAUCGCCUUAGUGCCAUGAUGGAGGAGAACGAUCUGCUCCAGGGAACCGUGGAGGAGCUGCAGGACCGAGUCCUCAUCCUGGAGAGACAAAGCCAUGACAAGGACCUGCAGCUGCAUCAAAGCCAGCUGGAGCUCCAGGAGGUGCGGCUGUCCUACCGGCAGCUGCAGGGGAAGGUAGAAGAGCUCAGUGAGGAGAGAAGUCUCCAAAAUGUCAACACAACCAGCACAUCGCUGCUAUCUGAGAUAGAGCAGAGCAUGGAGGCAGAGGAGCUGGAACAAGAACGAGAACAGCUGAGGCUGCAGCUCUGGGAAGCAUAUUGCCAAGUGCGAUAUCUCUGCUCCCAUCUCAGAGGUAAUGACAGCGCAGACUCAGCAGUCUCUACAGACUCCUCCAUGGAUGAGUCUUCAGAGACCUCAUCAGCCAAAGACGUCCCAGCCGGCAGCCUACGGGCAGCUCUCAGUGAGCUGAAAAGACUGAUACAAAAUGUGCUGGAUGGGGCAGACUCCACGAGCUCUCGACGAAGUGACGAUGACACCUUAGAGGAACAGAUCAGGAGAACAAGCGAGGAUUCAAGAGCCCUGAGGGAGUUAAUGGAGGGAGAACGGGGGAAGUUGAGGCAGAGUUUGGAGGAGCUGCAGCGACUGCACAGCCAGGUCACGCUGCUAAGCGUGGAAAUGACGACACUGAAGGAGGAACGGGACCGGCUGCGAGGUGCUGCUGAAGACAAGGAGACAAGUGAACGGCUCCUGCAGGCCAUCAGGGACCGAGACGAGGCCAUUGCCAAGAAGAACGCGGUGGAGGUGGAGCUGGCCAAGUGCAAGAUCGACAUGAUGUCCCUCAACAGCCAGCUGCUGGACGCCAUCCAGCAGAAGGUGAACCUCUCGCAACAGCUGGAGGCCUGGCAGGAUGACAUGCACAGGGUCAUUGACCAGCAGCUGAUGGACAAACACCCGAAGGAAUGGAGCCAGCUUGCUUAUUCCUUCUCCAGUGGCUACGGCGCAAAGCGGAGUGCCAGACCCUCCCCCGUGUUCAGGCCGGAGCAGCAGGGAGAUGAGCCCGUUGGGGCAGAAGGGAACCGUCUCUUUUCCUUUUUCAAGAAAAAUUAAUUGGAAAAAGAGAAACCUCUACAACAAUUUCUGCUUCGAGAUGGGGAGUGGGGCAGCUGCCCAGCUUGCGGAUGGACCCAACUCUGAUCGACUAAGAAAAAAAGAAGGGGGCAAAGGAGUUAACCCUUGAGACUCUGCACUAUUUACACCACACCUGGUCUGAACCAAAUGUUUACAUGAAUUGGAGAUUUGCAAAUUGACAAUGUGAUACUAAUAGAAAGAAACUUUUCUUAUUCUUUAAGUGAAGUGAUAAACUUCAGGGUAUAUUUUAGGCGCUUUGACACAGUCCAGUUUCUGCUGUGAAGAAUAAUCUGAUUGUCUUAAAAGCACUGUCAUGCUGGAGAAGGAAAUAAGCAGCCCCAAGACAAAGCAGCACAGGGGAUUGAGAACUGCCGUCACAGCGAGCACAGGGGGAAGAAGAGGGCUGAAUGCAAGAGAAGAAAGGGGAGUCACUUAUACCGCCCUCCGGUCCCGACAGCUGUGAUAUCCUUCAGCCAUCCCACUGAGACUGGAGUCGCUCUGGCCCCAGCAUUGCCGUGUUUUGGCAAGUGUAGCUUUCUCCGUGGUGGAAGUUGAGCCCUCACUGCAGAUCCUGCCUGGGCACCAUCUCCCCUGCAGCUCUGGGUAGCUGUUCACCCCUCACUGGGAAUCCAGGCUCCUCGCAGAUCAGGGCACUUGUGAGAUUGCUGGUGUUACUGUCUUCUCUAGCUCCCUCCUGCUACAGAGAUACGAGUUGCAGAGUCGGUAGUUACAGAGAAUGUUAAGAAUUUCUCCACAAGAGACCGAUCAUCUACAACUGAUUACAAACUGGAUAAGAAUUGUGGAUGUUCAGUCCUGGGCCACCUACUGUCCCUCCAAUGGCCAAAGGUAGUCAUGGACCUUCAGCAAGUCACACACCUUUCCCCAAAGCCAUGUUCCCCUCCCACAGUAAGAAACCUGCCAAACCUGGCGGACUUGGCAGUGCCAGGUUAAUGGUUGGACUUGAUGAUCUUAAAGGUCUUUUCCAACCUAAACGAUUUUAUGAUUCUGCAAUUUUAACUGGAUAAGUUCCCCAAAAGCCUAACCAGUAAUUCACUGAAAGCCUACCUGUAAU